AUGGCUUCUCGUAGCUAUUCAGCGCUUGAUUUCAGUCUUCUUCAAGAGCUAAGAAGCAACGAAAUCACCAAGAGGAACCGGGCUUAUCUGGUGAAUCCUGGGGGAAGAAAACCUGAGAUAAGACGAGAAAACAACUAUAAUCUGAAGCUAGAACACUUGGAGCCAUGGAAGCCUUUUUGUUCUUUGAGAAAGUCUAAUCACUUUGUGGAGUUUGACUCUACCAUGAUGAAGCCUAGAGUCUUAGAUGUUCAUGAGACCGGACAAGAGGAGGUGAUUGAGUUGCUUUUGUCUAGAGCAGACGAACUCAGAGACAGAGGAUUUGAUAUGUCUCUGUUAUCUGACUUGAUGGAUUUCCAUGCUUCGAGAUCCAGCUCCUCCCUUGUUUACUUGAAUCAAGAACCCGUGAAGCCGCUUUUGGAUCUCAUGAUGCAUAAUCCAGAAUCCUCCAUCAAUUCUGAUGCUCAAAUCCUCUUCUCAAGUAGUAGAGCUGAGUUGAAUGAUAAUGUGGUCUCUAUUGCAGCCGAGUUUCAUAUGUUAAAGAAGUCUGCGAGAUGGAGAAAGCUCUCACGUCUUGUCCCGCAGUUUCAGAGAUUCGACAGUGAGGUACUAAUAGACACUGUGCAGCUAAACGAGGUUAAUCUUGAUGCAGUUACACUAGUUCCUCUAAAGAGUCCGGAGAAAACUAGGUUCAAGCCUCCACCAAAGAAACAGAAUCCGAAGAUAAGAGACAGAGAGAAAGAUCUCUACAAACGAAACCAUCUUCAUGCAUGUGAGAGCCUUAUCUCGUUGAUGAUAGGAAGUGAACAACAUAGACAAUCCACAUUGCUGUCUCUAAAGAAAUCAUGUGGAGACCUCUCAGAGCUUUUGACUCAGUUUUCAAUCGUUAUUGCUGGAACUGGCAUCGCUGUCUUCUUCUCUGUGGUUUCUAGUGUUGCUUCUAGGCGAGUACCCUUUUGCGCAAACAAGGUCUUUGACAGUGCACUGAGUUUGAGUUUGGUAUUGCUCUCAUGGGCGGUUAGUAGGCUCAGAGAAGCCAUUGUCAACGUCAAGAGGAAAGCAAUCAAAGACGAAGAAACGACAAAUACAGUUGAGAGAAGAAUCAAGGAUGUUUACUUCGGAGCUGCAACAGCUAUCGCCAUGGUCGCACUUAGGUUUGGUUGAAUCUUAAAAUCCUGAUGAUUUGGAGUCAAUUUUUAACUCCAUUGAGGGCUUAAAGGUUCAGUUAUUAAUGUUAGGAUGUUAGAAAAGGGGAUUUUUGUUAUUUUUGUGAGAGAAAGAACUGUGAAAAUAAUCACAUUGGAUUUUUUUUUCUUUUUCUAUUCCUUCACUAGGAACUAAACACGAAUCUCUCUGUUAUUUGAUAUUAACUUGAAUCUCAAAGUGCAAUUUCAUGAGA